UGUUUUGGCUUCUGAGCCCAACAUGCUCCCAACUAAUAAAAGAGCUGAAAUGUUUUGUACCUUUGGGAAAUUCUCUCCUUGAAAGACAAUUUCUGAUUUUUUUUAUUUUUAUUUUUAUUUUUUUUAAUGACUUUUUGCUCCCGGUUGCUCUGAUCUGAUUCAGGUGGGGGGUGGGGGCAGGUUGCACUUCUCGUGGAUCCCACUGCCCUGUUAAGGUUUUCUUUCUAAAGCUGUCUGCUUCAUAGCAUUUGUAUCGAUUAAGAAUUUCGUCGCUGCCAAAUUCUGACGGGUGUCCUUUGUACUUCUUAUCCUUCGUUUUGUCUUAAAAACUCGAUGAACUGCUCACCGGGGAUUUCUUUGGCUUUCAAUUUAUUUCACUCUGUGUGUGUGCUUCAUAGGUUUGAUUGAGUUCCUGGUGAGCCAGCAUCCUGUAGCUCAGCUCCUAAGAGAUUAUGUGAUCUUCAAAAUCGUCCCCAUGCUGAAUCCUGAUGGAGUGUAUCUGGGCAACUACAGGUGUUCGCUAAUGGGCUUUGACCUCAAUCGGCACUGGCAGGACCCCUCGCCGUGGGCACAGCCCACACUCCACGCUGUCAAACAACUCAUAGUCCAGAUGAGCCAAGACCCGAGCGUUAGCUUGGAGUUCUACAUCGACGUCCACGCUCACUCCACCAUGCUGAACGGCUUCAUGUACGGCAACGUGUUCGAGGACGAGGAACGCGUCCAGAGACAGGCCGUCUUCCCCAGGCUGCUGUGCCACAAUGCGCACGACUUCUCCUUUUCCAGCACGUCCUUUAAUCGUGACGUCGUGAAGGCCGGCACUGGCAGACGUUUCCUCGGCGGUCUCCUUGACGACACGUCCUACUGCUACACUCUGGAGGUGUCUUUUUACAGCUACAUGACCUCUGGCAGCACGGCUCCCGUGGCCUACACCGAGGAGUCGUACAUGAGACUGGGCAUGAAUGUAGCUCGCACUUUCCUGGAUUACUACAAACUCAACAACCUCAUCAAAGACGCCGUGCCAAGUCACCUUCAGAGUUAUGAAGCGACCUCUCAGCCAGAGAAGGAAAGGAGCCAGCAUGUCAGGGACUAAGAUGGACACAGACAAAAAAAAACAUUGUACCAAGGAGGAGGCUUCACUCUUCAUCACUUUGACAAGAUCAGCAUUUCGCUGCCUCUGGACAUACAUGGACUAAAAUGUCACGAGUCCCAUGAGGUUAUGAUUUACUUAUAAAAGUGCUUGCGCGAUCAUAUGUAAAUGCAUGCCUUCCACAGCUAUUUAAAUACAGUACCGUACUGUACAUAUAUAUAUAUAUUUGUUGUCAUGUUAUUAAAAACAAUUGUUGUUUUUCCUCA